UUAAUUGGGAAAUACUUGAAGUACUGACAUUUUGACGGACAAAUAUUAACUUGGACUUUACCUAAAUUAUCCCAAACAACCAAAUUAACGAAAGAUAACCCAAAUUUACAAAAUUUAAUUGAAAUAUUAUGUAACCGAUAUUUUCUGUCUAUCUUAAUUGAGUGAAGUAUGCACUAAAAUUUGCAAAAUGUAUCCAGAAGAAAUCCAGAAUGAAAGUAAGUCUGUCAAACCAGCAGAUGAUUUUCAGGUAUGAGGGGAGUAGGGUGUGCCCAAGUUCUGAUCCGCGUGUAUUUAUAUCGCUUAUUAAUCGAUAGUUAAUGAUUUAUCUAAUUUAAUCGCACCGAAGUGAUAAAAAACGUAUCGCUUAAUAAAUGUGUCUCGACAAGACGGGCAGUCAUCAAUUUAGAUUAAAAUCAAACAGUUUUGAAGUGCAGAGUGAGCGUAGUAGGAAAGUAGCUUGUUGUUGUAGAAAUGCCAUCCCUGAGAAAACGAGUUUCCACUUAUUUGCGACAAUUGAGUUUUCAUAAUGAGCCCAGAGAGAAGAAAAACAAUGUCAACGAGAAUGCCUUUGUCACCAAAUAUCUGCAAGGCCACAUUUCGCUACAAGAGGGCCCCCCGAUAAUAUAUGGCAAAACCCCAACUGAUUUACCCAACUACGAGUUAGCAAAGUAUGAAAGUGGCACGAAUACAGUUGUCGGGUGUUACUCGGGCCCUAAUGGGGGCCUUACCACUGUUAAACGCACUGAGAAACACCUGUCUGUACCUGAUGAUGAUAUCGACUUUAUUGAUAAUCCAGAAGAAGAGGAGCACCUACCCCCACCAAUGCCAAAAAUAUCUCCCAAAAGGGUUUCAGGACAACCAAUCGACAACACCACCAUGGUGAUUAAAGUAGCUGGGAAUGAGUAUUGUGUUACCAACAAGCCUAAACGGCACAGCAAAAGCUUCAGUCUAGGCAGUAUAUCUGACUUUAAUAUAGAGGUGGAAAAAACGAAAAUAGACAAAGACUUUUACAAUUGUGAUAAUAAAAAAGAUUCAAAUUCAAAUAACCACCACAGUCAAUGUAUAGAAAAUCAAAUGCAAUGUGAUACUAGUGAGAGGCUUGAAGAGGGCUGUGAAGGUACAAUAACUACUGAUAUAAAAUCCGAAAUUUCCAUCACUAACUCUGGUACUAACAACAAUACUAAAAGUGAACAGGUGGAAGAAAGUUGCCAUUUAAGAAAACUACAUAUAGACGAAGUGAAACCUAAAGUAAAUAUCACAAGCCAGAUGUCCGCAAAACAUCCUUCAGCAUCAAAAAGUAGAUUUGUACCAAAUACCACAGUGGAACCCAGCAAGAAUUAUGCAUUGGCCAAGUCCAGAAGUGAGGGCAACCCAUUUCACAACAAAAAAAGGGGAAAAGUUAUCCAAGUGCAGAGGCAGCAUAGUCAAAGGGAUGAUUCAACGGAAAAUCAGCAGUUUGCGAUUGACGACGCAUCAUUGCCUGCUGAAUGGACGCGAAAGUCAGACUGUUUUUACGGCGUCUCCGAUAGUUUAUAUGACCGAAAUCAAGUCACCAAACAGAAAAAUGGAGACCCAAUAGCGGACUGUUUUGGCCUUAUAACCCGGAAUGAUUCGGCAAUUUUGGCUGUUGCAGAUGGAGUCAAUUGGGGCGAAAAGGCAAGUAUAGCGGCCAAAUCAGCGAUUCACGCCUCUUUGCACUACCUCAACAAAACAAUUUUUAAUGAUACGAAACCAUUUGAAAAAUUAACUACUAAGACUGACGAUGUGGCGCUGAGCAGUGACGCUCUUAGCACGGAUGAAACAACUAAUCUUAUUGCUAAUACCAGGGAAGUGUUUGUCUGUUUAUUGCGAGCCUUCAACUGCGCCCAUGAUCUCAUCUUAGAAAAUCAGGGAAUGUUGACCACGCUAACUGUGGCGGUAAUUCUACCUCUAAACGAAACGAGAUCUCAACGACACGAAAAUGGAAUACAUUCCAAUAAUCGGAAAUCUCACUACGUUUGUUGCGUGUGCAAUGUUGGAGAUACUCUAGCUUAUGUAUAUUCCCAAAAAAGUGGAAUUCGGGAAUUGACUAAAGGGUCUCACGAUGUCAACAGCAACCGGGAUAUGAGAGAUGCGUUGGGCGCUCUUGGUCCAGUCGAUGGAAUAAAUCCCGAACUCAGCAAUCUCACCUUGUCCAUAACCACUUUAAAUGAAGGAGAUAUUGUUCUAGUGGCUAGUGACGGCCUUACAGACAAUUUUGAUCCAAAUGUGUGUAGAUUUACAGUGAACACAGUGAACUCGAAAGCGGAUGUUACCAAGAACAGGGUUCAGAACACUUCUUCUAGUGGAGUUGCACCAUCCCAUUUACCCAACAGCCAAUUACAGGGUAAUGCACGAUUACUAGAGGGGAGAACGCAACCUUCUAGUGUUAAUAGUCAGAGAGCCGAAGGAGUUAUUAGUCAGAAACCUCCGAUUAAACCGCCAAGAAGAAGUAAGAAUAGAGGUUCUAUUUCCAGCGCUAGUCAGUCUGAGAGAUCGGCAUCUUCAGUAGAGAAGGACAAUGUGCCGAUCAGUGAAGCACCAAACCAGGGCUAUGUAAAUAAAAAUUUGGCAGCAGUCAAAACCAAAGACUUAACCGAAAUGGAAAAUCCCCUAGUGGCGCAUUUUGUGAAGGAGAAUUCCCCCGGGGAUCACAGAACCGUAAAAAGUGAGGUAAAAAAACAACGUGCGGUAAUCGACAAUAAAGCUAGUAGCCUGCGGAAACAGGUGUCGACCCAAAAUCGGACCGAACUGGAUCGCAAAGUGCCUCCAGCUGUAAAAGCCAACCCCAACACUUUGGACUCCAGCUUUGCAAAGCAGAAAACCCAAACCCAUAAAUUCUUAAAGUCGAAAACGUCCUUAGAUCUGCGGUCUUCACACCAGAACAAAAUUCAAAUACCACGAAAUGUUGAUGGCAUUCCAUUUGUAACCCCUUACCAGAGGUACGAACUUCAACUUCUGCUAAUGGAGGACAUAUUAAAGAACGGAAUUUCUGGAAACGACUCGCCAAUAACAACAGCCAAACGUUUAUGUGAAAACCUGGUUAGCUUUACCAUGAGUAUUACUUCGGCGAAGAGACGCACUUUAGAAGACCAAGACAUGUAUUUUGAUCACCGGAAUGGGGUUUUAGUGGAAGUGUCCAACCAAGAGAAAAAACUUCGACGGAAAAAAGGACUGGAGAAGGUGCAAUCGUUGCCUGGUAAACUGGAUCAUGUUACAGUCGUAGCAUAUAAUGUGGGGAAUGUUGCAAUUUGAGUAUCGGUUACAGAAAAACAGGAAUAAGAUUUUAGGAUAAAUAUUAUCAUAUUUUAAACCAUCAAUAUUUUAAUUCGGAGCGAAAGAACAAAAAUGCAGCUCAUUAUAUCUGGUGUGGUCAAAAGUGGUAAUUUGUUUAUAAAUAAUCGUAAUUUUUUGCAAGCAAAAAUAUUUGGGUAAUGUUUGUCUCACCAUUGAAAAAGCACGAAAAUGACGACAAUUUCUGCUUUUGCAAUAUUCGCUGUAAAUCAUUUCUUUAUUGUUUGCAAGCAUACGCAAACCGGAACAGCCUAGAUGCUCAUUAAGGAUGUUUUAUUCGGAUUAUGCUCACAUAUCAAUAUGUUUAGCUUUAAAUCGGUGAGAACGGGCAAGUUAACUGCACUAUGAUAUUUGUUUAUUUUUAAAUCAGUUGACAAACUUCUAAAUUUUAUAAGUCUAAUUAAUAAUUCUUAAUUUAUAGUCUUCCAGGGAUGUUUUAUCGAAAUGGUUUUAUUGUUUUUUUUUAUUCCGUCUUGUUGACCAACCAGAAUGGAGUGAGACACAUGUAUAUCCAAUAACGUUAAAGUAUUUUUAUUUAACGGAUAACUACGAAGUAAUCAACCAAUAACAUUUGCGGAAAGUACGCCCAUAUAAGCGAAAUAAGUAAUAAAUGACUACUACCCUCAUGGGUAUAUGAUUUACUCUCAUUUUAACAUUCGUAUAUUUCUUCAAUUAGUAUUUUAAUUUUACUGUUUGUAUGCAAAUACUUAACUUAGAUAAAUCAACAUUCGAUUUGCUCUGUGCAAUAAGUAACCAUUAUACGUAUAAGUAGUAGAUACCUACAUGAUCUGCCUGCAAUGUUUUUCAAUUACAGGAAUUCCCAAAUAGGAAAAGUGUAUUUUUAUAUAUUUGAAAACUUAUUUUUAUAUUAGUAAGUGUUUAAGAAUCGUUGUAAUCCUCGAGGUAAUGUAAUACAGACCGAAUGUAGUUAUUUAAUUUAUCAGUUUAACCUCAGGACGUUUCAAUAUGUACUGAUUUUUUUGUACCUCGUGUUUUUGUUAUUUUUUUUUAUUUAAUAAAAAAGUAAAUUU